GCUCAGGGAGAACAGUCUUGCUGUUGGCAGAGUGUGUUGAUUGACAGCAUGUUGGCUACCAAGCUGUCCCGGCCUCUCCUGAACUUCUCUGUGAAAGCCCUGAAUUUCAAGAACGCAGGAAAUGGCUUCAGACCUGUGCAAAGAUUUUGCUUCCCUUUCUUGUCCCCAUGUGGCAGCCGCUCUUAUGCAAGUGAAGUCGAUCAGAUUGGCAGCAGAGCUGUGCUUAUAACAGGUUGUGACUCAGGGUUUGGAUUUGCCUUGGCCAAGCACCUGCAUGCCAAAGGCUUCAUUAUUUACGCUGGCUGCCUGCAAAAGGACAAGGGAGAUGGUGGCUCCAAGGAUCUUGACAACAUGAACAGUGAUCGAAUGAGAACUGUCCAGCUCAAUGUCUGUGACAGCAAAGAAGUGGACCGAGCAGUUGAGCAUGUGAAUAGCAGCCUGGAGGACCCAGAGAAAGGGCUCUGGGGGCUGGUUAACAAUGCUGGGAUCUCCACAUUCGGGGAAGUAGAGUUCACCAGCAUGGACACCUACAUGGAGGUAGCUGAAGUGAAUCUGUGGGGGACUGUGCGAACCACCAAGGCUUUCCUCCCGCUCAUCCGGAGGUCAAAGGGUCGAGUGGUGAACAUCAGUAGCAUGAUGGGUCGGAUGGGCAGCCCUGCCCGGUCACCGUACUGCAUCACCAAGUUUGGCGUGGAAGCCUUCUCUGACUGCCUGCGGUACGAAAUGCAGCCCCAGGGAGUAAUGGUCAGCAUCGUGGAGCCUGGCAACUUCAUAGCUGCCACCAACCUGUACAGCCCCGAGCGAAUCAAAGCCAUAGCCGACAAAAUGUGGGACGAGCUCCCUGAGAUAGUGCGCAAAGACUAUGGCAGGAAGUACUUCGACGAGCAGGUCAGCAAGAUGGAGACAUACUGCAACAGCGGCUCGACAGACACCUCGCCCGUCAUCGAAAGCGUCGCCCAUGCGCUCACCUCCACGGCCCCCUACACCCGCUACCACCCCAUGGAUUACUACUGGUGGCUGCGCAUGCAGAUCAUGACGCACAUGCCUGCUGCCAUUUCAGACCGGCUCUAUGUCUAUUGAGGCCUCGCGCUCCUAGGCUACCCAGGUGGGAAAUUUGUUUUAAAGAGAGCAUUGCACACACUUCCCAUUAGUCGUUUUUAAAUUUUUCUAACCUCAUUUCAGAGUACUGUAUUUUAGCUCUAAAGGGUUCAUUUAAACAUCUGACAUAACCUAAAGGGCAGUAAUUGACAAGGGAUGCUUCAUAGGCAGGAAUACAUUAAGUUUGUGCAGGGACAUUGAUUCUUUGCUAUUUAUUUCAUGUAAUCUUUUUUUUUUUCACCUCAAAUGUCAAGCUAAAAUAAUUAUUUAAAAUGCAAUUGCUCUGAAGUGUUUUCAGAAUAAUUUCUGCUGAUGGCUGAACAUGAUCUUCACAAUUCCUGCCUAGGAUGCAGCCUUCACACCAUAAAACAGAGGCCCUCCAUGCUGUAACGGCAAACUGUUGUCUCCUGAUGACAAAGAGUGUCCAACAGACUUUUCCAGGCCUGGUCACAGUAGCCCAAGGCAGAGCAGAGACUUCUUUAAUUUGGGGAUCCGAACUCAAAAUGCUCGAGGUGCUGAAACUGAGCAACUGACCCUGUCCCUUGCUCUCUUAGAGUUAUACUGAUGAAACCAUAGAGAAAAGGAACCAGUCUGCUUUUCUUGCAUGCUUUCUUGCAAAGGAGUUUAACAAUCCAGGGACUCAAUCCUGCAGACCUUUCCCACAGGAGUUACUUACUCAUAUGAGCAUUCCCAUGAGUGUGAGCAGCUUUACGCACAG